GCGGCCGCCGGCUCGCCCGCGCUCCUGCGCUUUGGCGGGCCCGGCAGCGUGGUGAGCGAGAUCGACCUCGGCUCGCCGCUCAACUAUGGCACGCCUAGCUCGCUGGGUUCGCUGCGCACACCGCGCUCGAGCGCGCGCGGCACGCCCGUGCGCCACCGCUCCGACCUGCGCACCGACCGCAUCAUGCGUCAGGUUAACCUCGGCGAGGCGUCGGACGCCGAGCCGGACCGGCCGCCGUCGGAGGCGCCGGCCGACGACCCGGCGCCAACGCCGACGCCGCAGGGGCCGCAGCUGGUCAUCUGGGGUACCGACGUGGUGGUCAACACCUGCAAGGAGAAGUUCAAGCGCUUCCUGUUGCUCUUUGUGGAGCCGGAGGCGGCCGAGGACGAGCGCGUCGAGGACAUGGACGAGGCGGAGCCACUCUACAUGCAGAAGCUGCGGGAGAUCCACCUGAUGGAGGAGCCGUUCCUGAACAUCAACGCCUCGCACGUGCAGCAGUUUGACGCCGACUUGUACCGCCAGCUGGUCUGCUACCCGCAGGAGGUGAUCCCGACAUUCGACAUGGCCGUGAACGAGAUGUUCUUUGAGCGGUAUCCGGACACGACGCUGCAGCACCAGAUCCAGGUUCGGCCGUUCAACGCCGUCAAGACGCGCAACAUGCGCGCCCUCAACCCAGAAGACAUCGAUCAGCUGAUCACCAUCAGCGGCAUGGUGACCCGCACCUCCAACAUCAUCCCGGAGAUGCGCGAGGCCUUCUUCCGGUGCACCGUCUGCUCCAGCACCACGGCCGUUGAGAUUGAUCGCGGCCGCAUCGCGGAGCCCGUGCUCUGCACGCACUGCAACACCAAGCACUCGUACACGCUCAUCCACAACCGGUCGCAGUUCUCGGACAAGCAGAUGGUGACGCUGCAGGAGUCGCCGGACGACAUGCCGCCGGGCCAGACGCCGCACACGGUGCUGGCGUACGCGCACAACGACCUGGUCGACACGGUGCAGGCCGGCGACCGCGUCACCGUCACUGGCAUCUACCGCGCCGCUCCUCUGCGUGUGAACCCGCGCAUGCGCAACGUGAAGUCGGUGUACAAGACGCACAUCGACGUCAUCCACUUCCGCCGGCUGGACACGAAGCGCCUUCGCUCCAGUGAUAGCGACGGCAUGACCAUGCACAUCCCGCCGGAGCGGGUGGAAGUGCUCAAGAUGCUCUCCCAGAAGGAGGACAUCUACGAGCGGCUGGCACGUGCCAUCGCGCCCUCCAUCUACGAGAACGAGGACAUCAAGAAGGGCAUCCUGCUGCAGCUCUUCAGCGGCACUUCGAAGGACUUCAGCGACUCGGGCCGCGGCAAGUUCAGGGCCGACAUCAACAUCUUGCUGUGCGGCGACCCCGGCACGUCCAAGUCGCAGCUGCUGCAGUACGUCUUCAACCUCGUGCCGCGCAGCCAGUACACGUCCGGCAAGGGCUCGUCGGCUGUCGGCCUAACUGCCUACGUCACCAAGGACCCGGAGACCAAGCAGCUGACGCUCCAGACGGGUGCCCUUGUACUGGCCGACAACGGCAUCUGCUGCAUCGACGAGUUCGAUAAAAUGAACGAGGCCACGCGCAGCGUGCUGCACGAGGUGAUGGAGCAGCAGACGCUGAGUAUCGCCAAGGCCGGCAUUAUCUGCCAGCUGAAUGCGCGCACCUCGCUGCUGGCCGCCGCCAACCCCUGCGAGUCGCAGUGGAACAAGAACAAGACCAUCAUCGAGAACAUCGAGCUGCCGCACACGCUCCUCUCCAGGUUCGACCUGAUAUUCCUGAUGCUCGACCCGCAAGACGAGGCGUUCGACCGCCGCCUGGCCCGCCACCUGGUGUCACUGUAUUACACCGACGCCGAGACUCCAGAGGACGAGCACAUGGACAUGGGCCUGCUGAGAGACUACAUCGCCUAUGCGAAGGCCAACUUCCACCCGACGCUGUCGGACGCGGCCUCCCAGCGUCUGAUAUCGGCCUACGUGGACAUGCGGAAGGUGGGCAGCGGCCGCGGCCAGAUCACGGCCUACCCGCGCCAGCUCGAGAGCCUCAUCCGGCUGGCCGAGGCGCACGCCAAGAUGCGCCUCUCGCCCGUCGUCGAGCUGCGCGACGUGGAAGAGGCGUGGCGGCUGCACCGCGAGGCGCUCAAGCAGGCGGCCACCGAUCCCACCUCGGGCCGCAUCGACAUCUCGAUCCUGACCACUGGGCUGUCGGCGGCUGGCAGGCGGCGGCGCCAGGAGGUGGCCGCCGCGCUCAAGAAGGUGGUCAAGGAGCGUGGCUCGGCGUCCACCGUCGCCUACAGCAAGCUGUACCAGGAGCUGCGCGAGCAGUCGGACAUCAUGAUCACGCGCGAGAUGUUCGAGGACGCCGUGAAGGACUUGCAGGACGAGGGCGUCAUCGUCAUGGCUGGCCGCUCCACCAUCCGGAUCCAUCACUGAUUGGGAGCCGGAACCCACCGCGGAUCCGGAUCCGCCGAUCUCGGGCGGAACGGCAAGACAGAGCGGAACAUUCCCAGAGUGGGGAGGGGAGCUGCUCGGCGGAGCUAGCCGCUGCCCCUCCGCGCUCGCUGGCUUCCGCUUGUAGGCCGAGUCGGCGGGCCCUGCGCUGUCUCUGUUAGCCGUGGGUGGGGCGGAGGAGAAACUGGAAUUAUCCUGCCGUGUUUGAUGAGCGUAAUCCGAGUACCGCCCUGCUGCAUCUCACCUGUCGUUAAGUACCAUGCGGUUCUUGAUGACCGAGGUGUAAGAGUUCACGCAGCUUGUGGACGCUGCCAAGAACAUCGGGCGAUUCUACCACUGGCCACGCCUAGUGACCCGCCGGUGUUUCGGUGCUAUCAGCUGACUGCACCGGGCGUUGUCAUCGGGCGCCUCCGCCCUGCCACUAGACGUUACUGUCGGGCUGCACUGGCUGCGCAGUGCCGCUCCGCCGCGUGCGCUCGGCUUCGUCGCUGUGGCCGUCUGGAUGGCGCCUGGCGAUGUGGGACCGCUGCUCCGCGUUGUUUUUGUACAAUACAGUGUUUUCUCCGA